CCCACUCCCUGAGAGAAUAAGAAGUAUUACUGCAGCAAUCUAUUUAAUUAUUUAUUGGUGUAUUGCUUUGAAGAAUCAUUUUAUUUUGCUGUGCUUGUUGGAGAAAACUCCUGUGCCCUGAAUCUGUGAGAAUAUAUAUUUAUUUUUGUUUUGUUUAACAGAACAGACAGUUUCAGAGCUCUUUUGUUAUGUAAACAAGAGUGAGACCCAAGCAGCCUACGUUUUCCCGUGUCUGAAUACUGAUAACUGACCAGCAAAAUGAUGAGCUGCACUUUUGAGCCUCUUCUGGCUGCUAUACAUUUAUUUCCAUAAGAAUGUUCACGUAGCUUUGAGUUCAUGUGGUUAUUGAAUGUUUGUUUAUUGUGAGAUGUGUCCCCUGCAAUAGCAGACAACAAUAACACAGCUUUGUCAAACCAAUAGCACACAUGACACGAUCAGCCACACCCGAACCAGCCCAGCAUAACACUUCUGUACCUCGGCAGGUUGGAUCCUAUUUAAAUCACUCUCAGCAAGAUAAACUGUAUUCCUUUCUGCCGGAGGCGUCCAUAGAAUUGUCUACUUUCAUUUAAAAUUGUAGAAAUAAAUGUCAUGUCAUAUGUCAUUACUUUAAUUCCAAUUUCAGCAGCAAGCUAAUUUAGUUAAGGGACCAGAGUAGCUUCCUACAGUUUUCACUAGUUGCCUGGCAACCAUGAAAUUCAGUAGAUGUCUCCUAGUUAAACCUUGAUUGUUGCUUUUACACACCCCAUGAGAAAACUUCAGUGGUUAAUGUACCUAUUUUAACCCAAAUCAAGAGUUUUUCCUGCCCUGUAGUUUUGGUGCCUAAAGAUAACUAAAGUGUGAUUACUACUCAUCCAAAGAUCAACAGGCCUUUCGAGUUUGGCAUUUUGGUCAUUGGCAUCUUUGUAUUUUGGAGCCAGAAGUGACCAUAUUUGGACAAGAGUGUGGAGCUGACAAAUCCAAGUGGCAGCCACCACCACGGGUCUUGUUGGUGCGGUGUGACAAGAAAAUUGGUCAUUGUGAGAAGGAUCUGUGCUGGAUCUGACCCCGGCCACAACCAGACAUGCAAGUGUGAAAUCCAGUUGAAAGGGUUGCACGACUGAAGCCGCAAUAUAAAGUAAAGAUGCUCAUCUUUCAGCAACGCACUGGUAAGAAUGAGAAACAGGUUUAUGAGUACGACAAAGUAUUGCAGAGUGGCAGGUAGGGGACUGCGCCCAGUCAUGGCGGACCACAGAAACAAGAUCCGACGAGCCACACAACAGGAAAGGAAGAUGGCGGCAGUCUUCACUGCAGACUACGAAGGACUAUACUCGAUCCAUAGAAAAGCGGUGGGAGUAGUCUUCGAUUCAGCACAACAAAACCAAGAACCACACACUAAGAAACAAAUGGACGACAAAGACAAACUAUUAUGGCGACAUCCUGCUUUGUCCGGACCUUCUCAAGUCAAGGUGAUGAGGGAGAAGUUUCCAUCACUGCAGCCCGAUGAGUUGAAUAACCAUCUAAUGGAAUCCUCAAUGAAUGGAUGUACUGCCGGAGAGGGUGUGAGGAAGACAAUCAAACUCAAGGAGUUUUUUUGCUGUGGCAUAAGUAGAGGUCUGGAUCUAAUAGUUGUGCAGUGUGGGCUCUACGGGCACGCGGUUUAUGGAUGCUGGGACUAUGAGCAUAAGCGACCAAAGGGGCUACUUAGCAGACCUGGGAGGCAGCUUCACUGAAGAUGCUCCCAGACCUCCAGUCCCAGGAGAAGAAGGUGAGCUGGUGUGCAGCAAUGGACACCAGUACAGCAGCCUCGGCUUCUCCUCGAAGAAUGAGAACCUCAAAUGUGAGGCAUCCGUGGCUACACCCAGGCGACCUGACUUGGACCUGGGUUACGAGCCAGAGGGAAGUGCUUCCCCUACACCACCGUACUUAAAGUGGGCAGAAUCUCUUCACUCUCUCCUGGAUGACCAAGAAGGUAUCCAGCUGUUUAGGACGUUCCUCAAGCAGGAGGAAUGUGCAGAUAUGUUGGACUUCUGGUUUGCAUGCAGUGGCUUCCGCAAACUUGAAGCUAAUGAGGGCAACGAGGAGAAGAAGGUGAGACUGGCAAAAGCCAUCUAUAAGAAAUACAUCCUGGACAACAAUGGGAUUGUUUCCAGACAGAUCAAACCAGCUACCAAGUCCUUCAUCAAAGACUGCAUCAUGAAGCUUCACAUUGAUCCUGCAAUGUUUGACCAGGCUCAGACUGAGAUACAGACUAUGAUGGAGGAGAACACUUAUCCGUUAUUUCUUAAGUCUGACAUAUAUUUGGAAUAUACGCGGACAGGAGGAGAGAGCCCUAAGCCGUACAGCGAUCAGAGCUCUGUUUCUGGGAAUGGAAAAAGGCUGUCGGGUUAUUUGCCGACUUUAAAUGAAAAUGAGGAAUGGAGAUGUGACCACGAGCCGGAGGAGCAGCCCGAGUGUGACCCCACACCGAGCAACCGGCUUACUCAGAAGCUGCUAAUGGAGACGGCGCCACAGCGUGUUGCCAGCAGCACGAGAUUCCAGGACAGUCACGAGUACAGGCAUGCACCAUGUCGGGAGCCCAUCAACCCGUACUAUGUCAACACUGGUUAUGCUAUGGCUCCUGCCACCAGUGCCAAUGAUAGUGAGCAGCAGAGUAUGUCCAGCGACGCAGACACAAUUUCCCUUACCGACAGCAGUGUAGAUGGGAUUCCACCCUACAGACACCGCAAACAGCAUCGCCGGGAGAUGCACGAAAGUGCCAAAGCAAAUGGGCGAGUGCCACUACCUCAUAUUCCACGCACAAACCGGAUUCCAAAGGAUAUACAUGUGGAGCCGGAAAGGUUUGCCGCAGAGCUGAUCAGCAGGCUGGAGGUCGUACUGAGGGAGAGAGAGGCUGAAGAGAAACUCGAGGAGCGACUGAAGAGAGUACGAUUGGAAGAGGAAGGUGAUGAAGUCAUGCCCUCAGCCACAGCGUUAUCUUGUCACAGGCUCCCCCCUGGUGCUUAUCCACAGAACUACAACCCUCGCUAUGCUGACGUCACCUACAGUGGUCCUUUAAUUAGAGAUGCUCAUGAGGAGAACCCUGAGAGCAUCUUGGACGAUCACGUCCAGCGGGUCAUGAAGACCCCGGGCUGCCAGUCACCAGGCACAGGCCGCCAUUCUCCCAAGUCACGCUCACCCGACGGUUUUCCAGGGAGCAAAGGGAUGGGGCUUGGAAUGGCACUCUCCUCGGGCCCGGGUAAACAUUCAACCAGGCACGGUCUCAAGGGAGAGUCCAGCCACCUGUACCACCACAAACACGUGCACCACAUCCACCACACAGGCAUCGGGAAGCCCAAAGAGCAGGUGGAGGCUGAGGCAGCCCUGCGUGUGCAUGGCAGCUUUCCCUGGAGCAUGGAGGCAAGUCAUUAUGGAUCAAAGUCUCGCAGCUACGCAGAUGGGAUGGGAUCCAACCCUGUGGAGCAUGCAGGGUAUAGUAGCAAAGGCGGCACACAGUGUAAAAGAGGAUUCAAGAAAGGUGAGGAAUUGCGGCCUUAUGACAUGCCAGGGCCUUCAGAGGAGAUGGAGAAAAACCAGAAGAUCCUUUUGUGGCUGAUGGAAGGACAAAAAGAAAUGGUUCAACACAAGAGGAGCCCCUACGGGAGUACUGCUGGGUCCAAGAGGGCCAUGGGCCACGAGGGAUCCCGUCUCACCUCGGCAGAGCGACUGGGGUCGAUGCACCCGUACGUCGGCACCCAGCUGCGGAACAACGUGCAGCCAUCUCACCCUUUCAUCCAGGAUCCCACCAUGCCCCCCAACCCAGCUCCAAGUCCCCUAAUCCAGCUGGAGGAGGUGCGCCGGCGACUGGAGGAGGAGAAGAUUAAGUCUGGAACCUUGCAACCCAAGCAAAGGUAUGUGAUGGAGGUGAUCCAGAGAGGUCGCACCGCAGUCAGACCUGCGCUGUUCCCUCCACUCAGCGUGGUGCCCGCCGUUUCUGACAGCGAGCUCUCCGAGCCCGAACAUAAAGCCACUAAAAAACCGCCGUGUGAAAACAUUACUGUUGCGUAUUACUUCUGUGAGGAGCUGAUUCCUUACAGGACGUCUGUCAAAGGGAGGGUCGUCACACUGGGCCAGUUCAAAGAACUGCUAACAAAGAGAGGAAAUUACAGGUAUUAUUUCAAGAAGGUAAGCGAUGAGUUUGACUGCGGGGUGGUGUUUGAAGAGGUACGCGAAGAUGAUGCUAUCUUGCCCAUCUUUGAGGAGAAGAUUAUCGGAAAAGUUGAAAAAAUUGACUGAAGUGUGCAUGUUGAAGAGGAAAGUGUUGAAAAGCCGGCGCAUCUUAGACCGAGGAGCGAUUGGAUGGCAAAGUGGAAGUGACUUAGGAUUGAAAACCGGAGGAUCUGAAGAGAAAGUGAGACAACAGAAGUGGAUCUAGAGUUGAAGAGCAAAGCGGUCGGCAUGACUUGUGACUUCUUAGGCUUGACAGAACCACUGCAGUGAAAUUGGACUAGAAGGAAAAAAAAAGGACCUCCUUCACUUCUUUGGAGUGUAAUGUAGCAUUGUAAAGUUUAUUAGAAACAUGAAGAACAAAAGUGCUACUAAAAGCUACAUAUUUUUGAUAUGAUGCAUCAGAAGGUGUCCUUUCUAAAGUAACCACACUUGUAAUUUUUAUAUGUAUUCGUACCAGAUGUGUACAGUUUGUGUUAAAAGAUAACAAAAUUUUAUAUCUAUUUAAGUAUUUAAAAUGAUCAUCAUUUUGAGUCCUAUUGAAGCAGGACUGUCACUCAUGUUGAAGACGAUCAAAAUCCUUUCUAGGGCUGAUUUUUGUUUGUGUGAACCCCCCCCCCUCCCCACAUUCAUGGCAAGAGCGCUUUGGACUCUAUUGUGUGUGCUUUUAAUACUUUACCUAACAUGCAUUUUGUCAGGCUGCAUUUUAGUUGUAUGAUACACUGCCGACUAUGUCUUAACGUAAACUGCUACAUGAAUUUUCUACAAACACGAGUGACCAGGAAAAUAGAAAGUCCUGUACAGUGAUCCAGCACAGCAGCCCAGUGUCUUACAACAGAUGUUUAGGCAGAUAAUGUUUUUUUUUUAUUAUUGUAAUUUUUAAGGCUGAAAUUUUGCAGAGGUAUUUUAAUGGAUUCAGAAUACAACACAUUAGAAACACUAAUGCAGUCCAGUAAAUCAGUGCAAACUUAAGUGCGGAGUCAGUUCCUCUCUGACAUUAAUUAAACAUCAUAAGUUUCAAACGGUUGAUAUUUAGUGUAGUGCUGUCUGUGUUGAUAGCACAGGUUGUUCUGUUUUGCUGGUCAUUUGGUGUAAACUGCAUUUAACCAUAGCGGACGGCUGUAUUUAUGUUUGCGAGCCAACCCAGAUGAAGUUUUGAGAGAAUUGCCUUGGAAUAACACAGUAGAUGCAAUAAUAAUGUAAAAAAAGAAACAAAACAAAAGAGAUAGGAUUGGAAGUUGCAAGGUGAAUAUCUAUGCAAGUUGGUUUAUAAUUUUGUUGCCUAAAUUCCAAGACCACAUUGGCCAUUUAUGUUAAUUAACUCAGUAAACAAGUACCAUCAGAAAAAUACUGAUAGUAAUGAAGCUAUUAAAUGGUUUGGUAAUUAUCUCUUUAUUUAAUUCAUCAGGCUGAUAUUUCAGUUGGGUUGAGGCCAAGGUUUUACACUUCUGAUGAUUAAUCCAAAUUGUGGAUGACUAAUUUGACUAAUUUAAAAAAAAAAAAAUCAGUUUCAAAUUUGCAUAGCGUUUACACUCAGGAGGCCAGAUUUGCCACUAAAUUACACUAAAGUCAAGUUCUGCCUUCAGCAUUAGGGGUUAGUGUUUCCUUAUGAAAGAGAGGAGCAGCUUUUCUAUCUGUAGAGUUUCUGUUCCUACAGUGCACUGUGGCCAUGACCCCAUUCAUCAGAGGUCAUAUCACAGCAUUUGAAUGAGAAGGCCAGUGAAUGUCAUGAGAAUGCUGUCAAAGUUUUUUUUUGUGCAAUGAAAGAUCACAUAUUUAAACAUGCUCUAAGUGCUCUACUAUUCAACAGUCAUUCUAUAGGAGGGUCCAGCCAUGUAACUUUGAUUUUAUCCCUGGGAGCUGAUGAGGGCUAACAGAGCACUGAAAUGUUGCUAUUAUGUUUACAUCAAGUUUUUUGUUUGUUUCUUUCCAGCUUUGACACUUUUGUUCUUAAACUUUUAAUCACUACUUAGUUGCAUGGGCUGCGUUAAGAACUGAUCGCUAAUCUGUAGCCUUAACUAGCUUAUCACAGCUACAUUUUGUGCCUGGCAGGAAUGUAUUGUUUAGUGCAAAUGAUCAGAUGACACCAAAGAGAAAAAAGUAAAUGGUGUGUACUGUAGGCACGCUCUUGAAUCCCCCUUUCACGCUGAUAUUCCUCUUCAUUGUGUGUGGCAGCACUUAUUUGUUAUCAUGAAAAUGUUGAAACUAAAAUGGAAGGUUUAUAUGCUUUCAGUUUUCUGAUGCAUCGUGUUAUGACUAUCAGACAUUGAGCUUCAUGAAGCUCGUAGCAAGUUUAGAUCUUCUUAUUGUUGUGUCCAGCACUGAAUAGAUGCACCACCCAAUUUAUAUCCCCCCCUCCCCUCCAUUUGGCAAUGGAAACACUUUUGCACUGGAAUAGUACAAAUUUAAAUGUAAAUACAUGUUGUGGUACAGUCAGCUAGAGAAGCUACAAGGCGUUAAGAUUCAAGGCCGCUAUGAUCCCCCUGUACCUUAUCAUUGUGCUGGAGUCUAUAGUGAGGAUUGCGCUAUAAUAAAAGCCUUUUCGUUAUGGAAUAAUUGGCAGUGAGGGGACCUUGAAACCAGAGUGCUGCACCAUAUGUGUUAUUGCAUAGGAACCCAGCAUAAGCAAUAUCUCCCUUUUUGAGAUGUUGGAUUUUGUUUUUUGUUUUUUGUUUUGUUUUUUUAGAGUCCUUACUUGAAUCAGUUUAAUAUAUUUAGUGUACUUGCAUCCGGGGUCCUUUGUAUGUUAAAUUAUACAUUUAUGAUUAUAUGAGCAAGUAAAAUAUUGUAUAUGUUAUCUUGAUUUUCACUGUUUAUUUGUUUUGAAAUAUAGAAUAUCAAAUCUGUUAUGAUUCUUACUGUGAACGGCCCAAAAUUAAACCUCCCUUAUUUAAAAUCAAUGAAAUGUAUAUUAAAAAUAUCAGAGUGCCUUUAUUUCUAUGCUAAUGAUGUCUGCAGUAUGACUUUCAGACAGAUGUGGGGACAUAAAUACCAGGGACUUGCUUUAUAUUUUUUGUUUAGACUUUUUUUUUCUUCUUUAAUGUUUGACAUUUUCACUUUUGUUUUUCUCCAUGUAAAUAUGUACAACUUGAAUUGACAUCAACCACAACCCAGUCAGCACAUUCAGCCCGGGACCUGUUUCUGUUCACUAACUAGCAUGGGAACCAUUUAAAGGUACCUGGACAAUAAAUACAUGCAAUAAACCAGUGCUUGAGUUCUGAGUGUAA